AUGGGCCUCUUAACGGGCAAGGGAAUUCAUCGGCCCCUUACUGAAGACCACAUCCGUCUUUUAACACUUCGGCCAGGAUUAUUGAACGACCCCAUUUACGGCGAGCUUGAACACGUUUCCCUUAGCGCUAAGCACACCUAUGAAGCCUUAUCAUACGUCUGGGGAGACGCCAGUGAUACUUCGUCUAUGAUUCUUGAUAGGACGCUAUACCCUAUCACGAAAAAUUUGGAAUGCGCAUUGGGGUAUUUGCGUUCCAAGGAAGCACCGAGAGUUCUCUGGGUCGACGCUAUCUGCAUCAAUCAAGAUGACCAAGACGAGAAGUCAGAGCAAGUGCCAAUGAUGGGGGAGAUAUACAGCAGAGCCACGAAAGUCUAUGCCUGGCUAGGAGAAGCAGAUCGCCAAAUUAAUUGCAUCUUUGAUAUUCUGCAGGAGUUUCGGGAUCGCAAGAAAGAAGUCACAUUUCCAACCGAUUUUGACGCUGCUGAACGACUUUCUUUCUUUCAGCAACUAUUCUGCGGCAUCUUUCAGAAUAAAGCCGGCACUUUACCCGAACGGAGCGAUUUGGACGAUGACAUAUUGCAUGAAGAAUUCAAUUGGCUUCGUGCUUUGUAUAUGCGGCCUUACUGGCGCCGCGUCUGGAUUGUUCAAGAGCUCGUCCUGGCAAAGGUGGUGGUUGUCUGUUGUGGAGACAAAUCCAUUGAUUUUGACGACAUUUAUGGACUCAGCCUGGAUUGGGGCUCCUUCGAGCAAGGCUUCGAUACAGCGACUUAUAAGAGGCUGAAACCGCAUACGAGGGGAUGGUACACCAUUCUGACGAUUCGCGGGCACCGACGACGAAGGGAGGUGGUGGAUUGGGAUAUGGGAGGAGAGGCCCAAUAUCCGAUGAGCAUAAAGUUGUCAGAGCGGGGUGAUGUCGCGAUGCUCGAUGAAGUGAUUGAGAUAUACGCGCAACACCACGGAUGCAGGGACCUGAAAGACAAAGUAUACGGUUUCCGUGAGCUGGUUCCACAAUGGAAAGACAACCUUGUGCUGUGUGAUAGCAGUUCAGCGCUCUGCUACUCUGCGUAUAGCACCAACGAGUCCACCUAUUGUCUUAGGGGUGCCGCAUUCAACGCUGCGAGAUAG